CCUUGAACUGGCCGAGGGUGACUGCGCGGCCCCGCACCAGCGUCCGGUAGGGGAUGGGCUCCCCGCAGAAGUAGUAGGCCACCACAAUGCUGUCACACGGCUGCGCGCUCCCACUGCCCGCCUUCCUCUGUGACUUUGUCCUGGGGGCAGAGGUGCAGUAGUGACGGCUGGGUCGGGUCCCAGGGCACAGCCCACGGGCCUCGGGUGCCCCAGGACACAGGGCGCGCAGGAGCGGCCAGUCUCGCCGAACGCACACGCCCUCGCCCGAGCACCUUGCCCGGCCAGGGGGGCCUCAGUCCAUGGGGUCCCGGGCGGGCACCAACCCCACGCACUCCAGUACACAGCGUGGACCCGGCUCACGGCCCGCCUGCCCGCCCCACGCCCAGCUGCCUCAGUGGCCCACCACUGCCGCACCCACUGCACGGCCUCAGGUCUCCACCUGCAGCCUGAGUCGGCGGGGCGGCACCCCAUACGCAGACCACUGAACAUGGCGAACGAGUUUCUCUGGGCCAGGCCCCACGGCGGAUCCCAGCUCCUGGCUUCCAAGACACCCAGGCUACUGGAACCAGCGCAGCCCCAGCGGGUCUACACUGCGCGUGCCCUCGGAAAGGCCUAGAGCCCUCCCGCUUCGGAAACAUCGGCGGCUGGUGGCUGCACACAGCACUGUGCCGGGAUCUGGAGAGGGACCUGCUCACCGCGGACACCCUGUGUAGACAGCAGAGGCAGUGGGCGGCCAGACUCCCCAGGGAGGGCAGGAGGCCGCACGGUCCCCGACCUGCCUGCUGGUCCUGCCUGUGCUGAGCACUGCUCUGCGUCCGAGAGCACAGGCAGCAAGUGCCCUCUGUCAUCCAGCUCACCCCCGUGACCGCCCCAGGGCGGCCCAGGUGGGCUCGGCGCAGCCCGUGGCCCCGGCCCGGAGCCCUGCCAGAGGGGACUACGGCAUCACAAGGUCAUCUGAGCGCUCGGUGGGGACUCUCCCUCGCCCUCGUGCUCCUGGGCACACAAGGUGCCUAAUUGGGCCUGCGGCCUUCCACUGCUCGAGCCAAGCUCGCAUGCCUGCCCUGCCCGCAUCCUGUACCCUCCCGCUGGGGGGCAGGGGCCCCGGGGGGUCCGUUCUUGCAGGAGGGACGCAGGGACCACCCUUGAGGAGUGAAGCCCCUCAGGCAUCGGGCUGGACAUGACAAAGCAUCGCCUGGGAUGAGGAGGGGGCCCUCCUUCGCUCUGUCCUGUGCACGUAUGCUCCCCAGUGCCCACCCUGCUCUGCACGAGCCCGGGGAGCGGACGCGUCCACGCACGCCUGCCUUCCACACAAGAACGGAGCGGGCUCGGUGUGCACACAGCCCCUGCGCACAGCCGGGCCACCAUGCAGGUGCUGAGCCAGGGGAACCACGGCCAGUCACGGCGUGCGGGUGACAUGGGCCGGAGCGGAGGCAGAGCACAACUUCCUCUCUGGCCUGCUGGCCACAGGGCACACGAGGACGGCCUACAUCUCCUUCCAUGCACACGGGAAGCUUGAGCCCGGCCCGUGUCUUCCAGUGCGGCGCCCCAGGUACGGUCCCGGGGACAGUGGCUCCACUGCAGGACCUGGCCGCGCGCAGUCUGGGUAAGCGGUACUGGGACCCGCCAGGGCGGCGCACGUACUCUGUCUCGGAGAGCUCCAAGUCCGACACGGCUGGCACCACGCUCAGCACAGGUGUGCACGUUGGCCUGAUGCAGGAGCGCCCCCGCUGGAUGACCUCCUGUACAUACCUAGGGAACAACCGGGUCAGUGAGCCGCAGGUGCCGGGGUGGGUGCCUGGGGGGGCGCUGGGGCAGGUGCGGCGGCGCGGCCGAGGGGCCACAGACUGGCAGGUGGGGCAGGAGCCCCCAAGAGGCUGCGUCAUCGCCAGACACGGCUCAGCCUGUGUGAGGCAGAGGAAACAUGUUCUGGCCGUGGGGCUGGAAGGUCAGGGCUCCGUCAGGGUCAGUCACAGUUCCAGGUGCCUCACUGGACGACGCAGCUCCUGGGACCACCCGCAGGGAGCGCGGAUCCAAGGCAGGAGGGUCUCAUCCCUUCAUCCGCCCUGAGGGCCUCCGGGCCAGGGCUGGCCUCGCUGCCUCCGCGCACACAGCUCCUCCUCGGCGGCGCUCAGACGCUGCUCCGUCCUGGGGGCCGGCUGGCGGCCCUGAGGCGACUGCUCGUCUGCCAGCCUGGGGGUCCCCGAGGACCUCGUGGGGGGCCCCGCACCCUACUGCUGCCCUGGACCUUCACUCCGUGUCUGCAGCCAUCGAUAAGAGGCCUAUGCGCCUGGACCGACGACAAGUGGCGAUGCCAGAGCCUCUGGCCAAAACCUGUCAGGAGGCUCACAGCCCCAGACACGAGAGGCCCGAGGGGCGGUUUGGUGUCUCUGCAGCAGGAGUCUGCUGGUGGGGUCUGCUGGUGCUGGUGGGAGAGCAGACGCGAGCCCUGCACCCCAAGCGUGGCAAGGACGGCACCCCACAAGGGGUCUGUGCGACAGGGAGGACCUCCCACAUGCCAGCCCUGCCACCCCAUCCGCCUCAGGUCCCGGGCCCUGUCAGGCUGCGUGGCAUCCCUGCGCCAGGCCAACCUCCCAUGCCAGCCAGCGCUCUGCUUCCAGGCUGGCAGGGUCACGGUGUGAGACAGAAGCCGGAAACGUGGGUGCCUUCAAGACCAGGGGACACACUCAGACCCCUGGCUCUGCCCAAUGAGACGGGCACCCUGCCGCCAGCCUCCCAGAGCUGGAUGGCCCCCGCAGCGAGGCCCCUGGGAAACAUGACCAGUGAUCGAAGACGGGGGAAGGCGUGCCGGCCAAGUCCGAGGAGAUCAGGGUCACUGUGGAGCCACCCGCCCUGAGACCCUGCUCCAUGUGGGAGAAGUGACCUCGAGGCCCAGCUGAAAAGGAGAAAACCUGAACAUCUGUAUGUACUUGAGCAGUGCUGACCGUCCUGCCCGCUGCCGACGGCACUGUUCACGGCACCCCCAGGGCCCCCACUGAGCUCAGCCUGCCCAGCAACCGGGGUGACCGGACGCCAACCUCUAGCUGUUCCACGACGUGAUGGGGCACUGCAGGCUCCCAGCAAGAGCCAGUGUGAGUGUCCACUCACAGAGCAAAGAGGGCUCCCUCUCCAUCCCCACGGGGACAGGGUCAGCACCACCUGCCCCCCCAGACCCUGCUCACAAAGCAGGGCCCCUUGCCAGCCCACGGUGGCUCUUAGUGGAAAGGAGAGACCAGGACUGCCAGGGGGCGGGCAGCUGGGCUGUCUGGGGGAGCCCCGGGCCUUGGGGAGCUCUGGCCCCUAAGUAGUGCCGAGGCGCUUGGCGCGGCCCUGGCAGGUAGCGCGGCCUGCCCUCCCUGACCCCCAUACCUCUGCUUGGAAGGUAACUUGCUGGCUCUCUUCUCUUCCUCCUCCAGACGCCUGCGGGCCUCCUCCAGCUGGGUCAGAGGGUUGGGGGCCGGGUUGGGUGGCAUGGUGGGGUCUUGAAUGAAUAGGUGAGAUGGCUGGACGGAGUUCCGGAGCUGAGCACUGACCCAGGGAUGCACAGCCCCGGGACGCUCGACAGACAGGGGCCUGGAGCUCUCAUGCACCUGCUGCUUCUUGGCACCAGAGGACCUUUGGGAACAAGAGAAUCGGACGUGGCAGCACCUGAAGCCCUGGCCACAGGCAGGUGCCAGGGACCGGGACCAGGACCGGGCGGGGGUGGCCACACACACCACUGACCCUGGCCAGCAUGUGAGCUGCUGCAGUUUCCUCCUGUACACGACACAGACAUGUCUAUGUCACACACUUCUUUUGUGAUUUUUUUCC